AUGGCUCUUGACUCUUUAGCCCGGCUUGUCCAGCACUCAGUCAAAGCUACGGUGUCUGAUGUCGACAAACUCGACGCCCUCAGUUUUAAGUCCGGUAUCAAACUGGAAUUAACCAAGCUUGCACAAAUCCAACAAGAACUUGCCCAACCAAUGCUGGCUGUACUAGUGGAACAUGUCAAUGUCUGUCUGGUUGGAAUUAACGAACCUUGCACAAAUCCAACAAGGACUUGCCCAACCAACGCUGCCUGUUCCAGUGGAACAUGUCAAUGUCUGUCUGGGUACACUUAUUCAAGCUCUCUUGGUUACUGUGUUGCCAAUGCAGCCGGAAUUGGUGAAACAUGCAUAAACACAUCAAGGUCAUGUCCAAACAAUGCUGCCUGUACUAGUGGAAUAUGCCAAUGUCUUUCUGGGUACACAUAUUCAAGCUCUUUAGGUUACUGUAUAGCAAGCUCAGCUGGAAUUAACCAAGCUUGCACAAACCCAUCAAGGUCAUGUCCAACCAAUGCUGCCUGUACUAGUGGAACAUGUCAGUGUAACUCUGGGUACACUUAUUCAAGUUCUUUAGGUUACUGUAUAUCAAUGUUAGCUGGCAUUAACCAAGCUUGCAUAAACCCAUCAAGGUCAUGUCCAACCAAUGCUGCGUGUAAUAGUGGAAUAUGCCAAUGUCUGUCUGGGUACACAUAUUCAAGCUCUUUAGGUUACUGUAUAGCAAGCUCAGCUGGAAUUAACCAAGCUUGCACAAACCAAUCAAGGUCAUGUCCAGCCAAUGCUGCCUGUACUAGUGGAACAUGUCAGUGUAACUCUGGGUACACUUAUUCAAGCUCUUUAGGUUACUGUAUAUCAACGUUAGCUGGCAUUAACCAAGCUUGCAUGAACCCAUCAAGGUCAUGCCCAACCAAUGCUGGUUGUAUAAGUGGAACAUGUCAAUGUAAUUCUGGGUACACUUAUUCAAGCUCUUUGGGUAACUGUGUAUCAAGCUUAGCUGGAAUUAACCAAGCUUGCACAAAUCCAAAAAGAACAUGCCCUACCAAUGCUGGCUGUACUAGUGGAACAUGUGGAAUUAACCAAGCUUGCAUAAAUCCUACAAGAACUUGCCCAACCAAUGCUGCUUGUACUAGUGGAACAUGUCAGUGUAUCUCUGCAUACACUUAUUCAAGGUCGCUGGGUUACUGUGUAAUAAGCUCAGUUGAAGAUAUUGACGAUCGAACCCAGCCAAGCAAUCCAAACGAAAAUUAUGCAUACAUUUUAGCAGGAGCAGUUGGUGGAUCAGUAGCUGUGCUGAUCAUUAUUGUUUUAACUAUCACAGUGGUAGUAUUGGUAUUUAAACAAAGAACAAGCGAGAGUAAUAAAACACAAUACUCAACUCCAGAUUCUCGAAUUAACAAUACUGACUCUGAGUACGACACUUUAGAUAACAUUAAUGACAACAACAGCCAAUCAGAAACCACAGGCUAUGAAAAUGCUAUCACAACAAAUUUAUGA